CGCGGGCCGGAGCGGGUCGUGCGCGCUGAGGAGGAGCCGCCGCCGUCGCCGUAGCCGCCGCCGCCGCCGCCACCGCUACCGAGGCUGAGCGGAUCCGUUAGCGUCGCGCCGUCGCCGCCCGCCCGCCUCGGAGCAGCCCCGGGCCCGCCCGUCAGCGUCCAGAUUUUUUAAAAAUACAAUGUCUAAUGGUUAUGAAGACCACAUGGCCGAAGACUGCAGGGAUGACAUCGGGAGAACGAACUUGAUCGUCAACUACCUCCCUCAGAACAUGACCCAGGAUGAGCUGCGAAGUCUGUUCAGCAGUAUUGGUGAAGUGGAAUCUGCAAAACUUAUUCGGGAUAAAGUCGCAGGACACAGCUUGGGCUAUGGCUUUGUGAACUACGUGACUGCAAAGGACGCAGAGAGAGCAAUAAACACACUGAACGGCCUGCGGCUCCAGUCCAAAACCAUUAAGGUGUCGUAUGCUCGUCCGAGCUCAGAGGUCAUCAAAGAUGCCAACCUGUACAUCAGCGGGCUCCCCAGGACCAUGACCCAGAAGGACGUGGAGGACAUGUUCUCUCGGUUUGGGCGAAUCAUCAACUCCCGGGUCCUUGUGGACCAGACCACAGGUUUGUCCAGAGGGGUUGCGUUUAUCCGGUUUGACAAACGGUCGGAGGCAGAAGAGGCAAUUACCAGUUUCAAUGGUCAUAAACCCCCAGGUUCCUCCGAGCCCAUUACAGUGAAGUUCGCAGCCAAUCCCAACCAGAACAAAAACGUGGCGCUGCUCUCCCAGCUGUACCACUCGCCAGCUAGACGGUUCGGAGGCCCCGUUCAUCACCAGGCACAGAGAUUCAGGUUCUCCCCUAUGGGUGUAGAUCACAUGAGUGGGCUUUCUGGUGUCAAUGUCCCCGGCAACGCGUCUUCAGGCUGGUGCAUCUUCAUCUACAACCUUGGUCAAGAUGCCGAUGAGGGAAUCCUCUGGCAGAUGUUUGGCCCCUUUGGCGCAGUCACCAAUGUGAAAGUGAUUCGCGACUUCAACACCAACAAGUGCAAAGGUUUUGGUUUUGUGACCAUGACAAACUAUGAAGAAGCCGCGAUGGCCAUAGCAAGUCUGAACGGCUACCGCCUGGGGGACAAAAUCUUACAGGUUUCCUUCAAAACCAAUAAGUCCCACAAAUAACUCGCUCAUGCUUUUUUUGUACGGAAUAGGUAAUUCAGAGUGAAGAAGUUGAAACUUUUUUGUUAGUGUACAACUCAUUUUGCGCCAAUUUUCACAAGUGUUUGUCUUAGUCUAAAUGAAAAGUGAAAAGGUUUUUAUACUCUGGGAUGCAACCGACAUGUUCAAAUGUUUGAAAUCCCACAAUGUUAGACCAAUUUUAAGUUUCUUAAGUUAUUUCCUUUAAAAUAUAUAUUAAACAAAUCUAAGUAGACUGCAUUGACUAACCAGUCCCUCGGGAUGGUGGUGAAACUGAAGCAUGCUUUAACUUCUACGACUGUCUAACACUCGUUUCAUUCGGUGUCUCCACAAACUGGAUAAAAAAAAUAGAAAUGACCUUUUAGUUUUUGUUUUUAAACUAAAGAUGUUAGACAGAUGCUGAGUGUGCGUUUUCUCAACCGCUUCAACAUUUUAAGCGAUUUCUGCUUUGGUUGACAUGAAAUUGCUUCCCCAAGCAGGUCCCAUUGCCACCUCCUGCUCACUCAGCCCCGGGCUCUGCCGAGUGGUCCUGGCAGUGGCCUCGGGCCCUUCUGACGUGGGCCACCAUUGGGGAGGGGGGCCACACGCCGGGCCAGGCUCUCCAGAGGAGGACACGAGAACGUGUUUCAUAAGCCCAGGCGCCAAUGGGAACGGACCAAAGAGUUUCAGGGAAACUCCAUAUAUUCCCGAGUCAGAUCUAAGCUCCAGGCACGCCUGAAGAUGUGUCGCUACUCUGACAUCCCAAAGUCCUGUCCACACAUUGCAUGCACGGUGCCCCCCACACCGGAUACUUUUCACAAUCAUUUCUCCACUUUCCAAGAGCAUUUAACAUAGCUCGAAUGCGUAAGAUAGCUCUAUUUUUUAAUAACACAGAAACAUUUGAGCAUUGUAUUUCUCGCAUCCCUUCUCAUGAGCGCUAGACUCUUUUUCUAUUUUAGUCAGAUUUUGUUUUGAAAUUUUGCUUUCGUAUGAACACUCAGCAGAAAAGUACUUCUUGCCAGUAUCUAUUAACAAAAAAAAAAAAACCUUUGAUUUGUAGUUUUAAAGAUUAACCCUCAAAGUUCUCUUCAUAACUGCUUUGACAUUUUGGGUUGUUCUGUUCUGUUAAUUUUCUUUUGCUUUUUUGUGUUUUUUGUUUGUUUUUACUUUUGCAUUUAAGACCAUUAAAUUUGAUUUUGUUUUGCUCGAA